UGGAACACCAAGGCGAUUUCCUAUGCAGGGUGUGGCAGCACAUAAGGAACUGGAUGAGACUUGGGCAUGAUAUGACCACCUUGCUAAGUGCCGUGAAGUGGAUUAUGAAGACUCAUAGAGGAUCGACGCCAAAGGCAAAGGCAGCCCGCCUAGCUUUCUGCGCCACAGUUUAUUAUAUCUGGCAUGGGCGUAAUGAGAUACGAUUUGAGGGGGGAUCAAAGACGGAGGGAGAUAUUAUUGCUAAGAUCAAGCAUGUGGUGUAUAAGGUCCUAUACAACUUAUACCCGCAUGAACUGAUCAACUUUUGAUGAUGGAUGCCGAAGCCGCAACGUAACCUCC